GAAGGGCUGGGUGCAAGUCGACGGGAAGAGUCUGGGUGGACCAGGUGCAAGCGGCCUUCGGUGGCCGCCCAAGUAUGCCUCAUCUGUGCCCCCUCCCUGCUCUUGGCCAAAGCCGGGAGUACACCCUGCUCCUCACACGGCGCUGCCCGGGUGUUUUCCAGGUUCUUCUUCCUGCUGGCACUGGGCAAAGGGAACUUCCCAAACAGGAUGGAUUGCCAGUACUCCUUUUCCGGCUCCGUGUCUGCGGGACAUCCCAAACCCAUCUCCCUGCCCCGGGGGUGUGUCACGGCCGGCCCUCGGCACAGUCCCCGCAAGCAUGUUGUGCAACACCAACACUGCGGAAGGGUUUUGACAGGGAGUCCUAGUGGCCAGAGCCAGGAUCCACCCAAAGCAGCUGAGAAGCAGAGAGGGGACGAGAAGCCUGGCUUAAAAUUGCCCCAUGGUCUCCUGGGGGUGAAAGCUUGCCGUUCCCAGGUCCAAGGGUUCAGAAUCCACUGAUUAACCCGUCCGGGUCUCUUGGGCAGAGCCAGAGUCCAGGCGUGGUUCGUACAGCCUUUUUCUCGUAGCGUUUGCUCACCCGUCCAUUGCAAAGUUCGUUCCUCACAAGCAGAACCGGAGAAGAGCGUGGGAAGAGCCAUGUCCCCAGGACUUGCACAGAGGUGCAUACAUAAAUUAGAGGUCAUUCCCUGAACAUCGGGAACAUUUCUUUGGGAGCUGGAGUGCUGGACUGGAGCAGGAAUCGGAGUCUCAGCCUGAAGUAGGGCAGCUACAGAAGAAUCCAGCUUCCUGGGAGCAAUGAGGACUGGUGAAGAUCCCAGAGGGCAGGAGACCUGUGAAGCCAAGAAAGGGCGGAUGACGCUUAUGCUUGCCCUGGUGACCCUUGUCGCUGCCUUUGGCUCCUCUUUCCAGUAUGGUUACAACGUCUCUGUGAUCAACUCUCCCGCUCCGUUCAUGCAAAAUUUUUACAACGAGACCUACAAGGACCGGUAUGGGAAAUUCAUGGACAGCAGCUUAGUGACGGCCCUCUGGUCUCUCUCGGUGUCUUUCUUCCCCCUCGGAGGCUUCUUUGGAUCGCUUAUGGUUGGCCCCAUGGUGAACAAAUGCGGCAGAAAGGGCACCCUGCUGAUCAACAAUGUCUUCUCCAUCAUCCCCGCCAUCCUCAUGGGCAGCGCCAAGGUGGCAAAGACCUUCGAAGUCAUCAUCCUGUGCCGCAUCAUCAUUGGCAUCUGCGCCGGGCUGUCUUCCAACGUGGUCCCCAUGUACCUCGGAGAGAUGUCUCCUAAGAACUUAAGGGGCGCUGUGGGGGUGAUGCCACAGCUUUUCAUCACCAUCGGCAUCCUGGCCGCUCAGAUCUUGGGCAUGAGGAUGGUCCUGGGGAGCGCUGAAGGUUGGCCAAUACUCCUGGGUCUCACGGGGGUCCCUGCAGCUUUGCAACUGAUUCUGCUCCCCUUUUUCCCUGAGAGUCCCCGGUAUUUGCUGAUCCAGAAAGGAGAUGAGGAGGGCGCCAGGGCAGCCCUGAGGAAGCUGCGAGGCAGGGACAAUGUGGAAGACGAGAUGGAAGAAAUGCGGCAGGAAGACCUGGUGGAGAAAGCUGAAGGGCGCAUGUCCGUGCUGACCCUGUUCACCUACCAGGGCCUCCGAUGGCAACUGAUCUCUAUCAUAGUUUUGAUGAUGGGCCAGCAGCUUUCCGGAGUUAAUGCGGUUUACUACUAUGCUGACAGAAUCUACGAGAACGCGGGUGUGAAACAGGACCAUGUGCAGUUCGUCACCGUCGGAACCGGCACCGUCAAUGUGGUCAUGACUCUGAUCGCGGUGUUUAUUGUCGAGUCUCUGGGACGAAGAAUUUUGCUUCUGGCUGGUUUUGGGAUUUGUUGCGUGGCUUGCGCAGUAUUAACCAUGGCCCUGAAUCUUAAGAUGAUCGCGUGGAUGCCUUACCUCAGCAUCGCCUGCAUCUUCUCCUACGUCAUCGGGCAUGCCAUUGGCGCAAGCCCCAUCCCGAGCGUGAUGAUCAUCGAGAUGUUCCUCCAGUCGUCCCGCCCGGCUGCAUUCAUGGUGGGGGGCUCCGUUCACUGGCUUUCGAACUUCACCGUGGGGCUGGUCUUCAGUUAUAUGGAGCAAGGACUCGGGCCCUACUGCUUCCUGAUCUUCUGCGGGGUUUGCUUAAGCACGGUCAUUUAUAUCUUCCUCAUUGUCCCCGAAACGAAGAACAAAACCUUUAUGGAAAUCAACCAGAUCAUGGCCAGGAGAAACGGCACGGGGGAAGACACGGACAAAGAGGAGCUAAAAGAUUUCACCGCCAUUUCCGUCCCUUACAAGAAGGGCGACAUCGAGAGAAACAGUGCGCUGUAAAGGCAACCGGGAUGGCUGAGGUCCUUUUCCCCAUCCCUGUGGGACCAAGCAGCCUUUGCCACCUGUGGCAUUUGCCCCACGUUGUCCUGGGUUCGCUGUAAAUAAAUCCCCAGAACCGCGUCUUGGAGUGACCCUGCGCCGAAAGCUCGCUUCCGCUGCUUUCCCUCCCUACGGCCAAAUUGCCUUGCUCCCCUGACUCAGGAGCUUUCUGAAGAACAGCGGUGAGACCCCGAAAUGUCACUUUCGAAAUUUAUCUACUGACUUGGGCAGCGGGCCAUCGGCUGAGUGAGCUGCCCGCAGGCUCAGAAAACCGCACCAGGGCGCGUGACUUGUUCCUCAAAGUACUAUUUUAAUGAGGAGCCAAUUCUGCCUGCGGGCCAGGAGCUGAUACCCAAUUUGGAAAGCGCUGCCUUGCCACCUUUAACAGGAGAAAGCUUGAUGUUUAAGCCGUGUUGCUGACACGGAUCGAAAGCGAGGUGAAGGGGGGCUCACAGGCGGAAGCCUCCGAUAACCCCGGCCCAGAAAAAUAGGAUGAUUGUCUGGGGCAUUACUAAGUCAUUGAAUGUUACACAGGAUCCGGACAUUUCCCACUUUAGAUAACUGGAAUGCAGGCAGCCUGGACUUUUGGAUUAAGAUGUUUUCGAUAUGUGCAUUUUUACUAUUCGUUUACAUUUGUCCCCCUUUUUCAAACUGCAUUUUUGGGGUCUUCCAGAACAUGUGCACACAAUGCAUUGUUUAAUGGGCAAAACCCAUCAUAAAUGCCCAGAGGUUGAGAUCUUGUUUUUGUUUUAGUAACAGCAACAAAAUAGUAUAUAAAAUCCACAAUAUUUAAUAUUAGGACUAAAUGAAACUGAGUAACCUGCUCCAGCCUCUCAUGCUAUGGACAAUUCCCUGGCUGAACUGGCUGGGGCUGAUGGGAGUUGAAAUCUAAAAUAUUUGGAAGGCACCAGGUUGGUGAAGGUAUUAUGGCAAAUGUCAGGAACACCCAGGGGAAGGGGAAGAUGCCGCACUGUCCAAAGACUUAAGUUGAAUGUUUUGCGUGCAGUUGAGAUAGACUUGAGCCUCAAAGUGAAUGUAUUUGUAUCCAUUCAGAAGUCCCAUUGAAUUCAAUGGACCUUACUUCCAGAUGAGUGCGCAGGAUUGCAAGAUGCAUGAAUGAGUCACUGGUAGAUGUUGUAGAUUAUAGGUGUUAAGGGUUUGGGGAAGGAAAUGAUGGCAGAUCCUCUUUGUAAACAAAAGCCGGUAGUAAACAGAUCUGCCUAGCACAUUAAGGACCAAGCAUGUUUAAGUACCAUCAGCACAGACCAGCAUUAAUGUCUUUUGUAUUUUUAGGUACUUUGGUGGAAGAAAAUAGUAUUUGCCAAUAAUGAAGAGAGAGGGUAGAAUAGAAAAAAACUGCUGUGUAAAUACCUUGCUGUGAAGUUGUGUGAGAUUGUUCGUUUUUUGCAUGAUUCUUUUUCAAGUUGGGGGGCAAAUAUAUUUUGUACAAAGGAGAAUUGUGUUGUUUUUUAAUGGAGCGCAAAAGAGAAAUAAAAGCCAUUUUAUAAAGCUUGGAAAGGCAAUAAAGAUUUUGUUCUGGCCUGAUUGUAACCACACAUUAAAUACCCAGGAAAUUGGGCAGAAUACCAUCCACAGAAAAGAGAGACAGAAAGAAGGCUGGGGAUGCUGGGAGUUGUAGGACUUUUCUGUCAGAUUGUAUCAUACUAGCAAAGUCAAUGUCUGCCACAACUGAAGAGUUAAGAAAAUAUGUGCAUGAUGCACUUCAAUGUGUUUUGCUGCUAUCCAACUACCUCUAGUGCAUCUCCAUCAAAGUGCUGGUGUUGCUAAAACUCAAUAAUGAAAGGGGGUCCAGCUGGUACACACUUUAUUAACAUGGUUCUGCUGAUUGUAUAAGCCACGGUGAAAGAAGACCAAGCAGGUUUGUUAUGGAAGUUCUUGGGUGCUUAUCCUCAAUGCUGAUCGAAUCCUCUUUUCAUUUUCCUGGCUAGGAUGGGUCUAAUUUAGCCCUAAGGAUUUCCUCUCCAAAUAAGUCUGCUUCAACAGAAUUCCUGACCUCCCCUGUGUAAAUAAGCCUGAACUAAUUAUUCCACAAGGCCCAAUAAUUAUUCAAUGAAACCACUCCAGGACGGACAACAGCAGGGAUGUACACUGCAUAAUCUUCAGCAAAUCCGAAUUUCUACCUUGGUGCAUAUUUUUGGUCAGCCUAGUUAGGAAAGUAACCAUAGCCAGCUCAUCUAAUGCUCUGUCUUCCAUUCCCCCAUUCCCACUUUUCUCAUGGAUUUUAUUCCCUGCUAAACAGCUGAGCUUCCAUUUUCAUUUCCCAGUUUCUAGACCAAAGUCAUGCAACAAGUGAUCCUCCUCAGUUUGUGCUUCCCAUGUGGCAAAACGGAG